AUGAAAGGGACGAAUUCCAGCAGCCCGUCGGGGUUUAUCUUGCUGGGCUUCUCCGAGCAGCCCCGGCUGGAGACGGUCCUCCUCGUGGCGGUGUCCAUCAUAUAUGUUCUGACGCUGGUGGGGAACACGGCCAUCAUCCUUGUCUCCUACUUGAACCCCAAGCUGCACACGCCCAUGUACUUCUUCCUGUCGAAUCUGUCCUUCCUAGACCUCUGCUUCACUACAAGCAUCGUCCCGCAGAUGCUGGUGAACCUCAGGGGCCCCGACAAGACCAUCAGCUACACGGGCUGUGUGCUCCAGCUCUAUGUGGCACUGGGGCUGGGCUCCACCGAGUGCAUCCUCCUGACAGUGAUGGCCUAUGAUCGCUUCAAUGCCAUCUGCCGCCCCCUGCACUACGGUGUCAUCAUGCACCCCAGGCUGCUCCGGCAGCUCACAGCUGUGGCCUGGAGCAGUGGUUUUGUGGAGUCCACACUUCAGACCAUCCUCGUCUUCCAGCUGCCCCUCUGCAGCCACCACAGGGUAGACGACUUCAUGUGCGAGGAGCCCGCCCUGAUUAAAAUUGCCUGUGUGAACACCACCUUCCUGGAGGACGAGCUCUCCAUAGCCAGCGUCCUCUAUGUGGUCAUACCGCUGGGGCUGAUUCUGGUCUCCUAUGGCUGCAUCACCAGGAGCGUGCUGAGGAUACGGUCUGUGGAAGGCAGGAGGAAAGCGUUUGGGACCUGUGGGUCCCACCUGCUGGUUGUGGUUUUGUUCUUCGGGACUAUAAUUUCCGUCUACAUCCAACCCAAGAGCAGGUACACGCAGAACCACAGCAAAUUCCUCACCCUCUUCUAUACCGUAGUGACACCCUCGCUUAACCCUCUCAUCUACACGCUGAGAAACAAGGAGGUUCAGUGGGCACUGAGGAGACUGCUGUGGAGGGACCCACGCCAGGGAGAACCAUGAGAUGUACCCUUCAGUCCCCCUGGUGCUGAGGACGUCCGUUAGGGCUUCUCAUCCCAUGUCUAGGGGUCACAGCUUCGUCUCCUCCAUAAAA